AUGUGUCUUCCGUUCUUUAGACGAAAAAGAGAUGAGGAAGAUGAUUACUACGCAAACAACUACAAUACCACCAACAACGUCAACCAGGGAGCUGCUUACAUUCGACUUCUUGGCGCUGGUCAUCACUUCGUUGCAGACUGGGGCCAGGGCGGCAAUAGUAUUGGGGGCGAAGGCGGAGGCGGGGAUACCGGGGCAACAUACGACAGCUAUGGCUGUGAUGGCGGGGUUGGAGGAGAUGGUGGAGGAGGCGGAGGAGGCGGUGGAUGCGACGGGGGAGGUGGAGGAUGCUGA